GUAAAGAAAUGAAGGUUUCAAGAAAUUCCAGGGUAGAAAGUAAAGGGAGUGAUGACGUUCUUCGACACAAAAACAUUGUCAGAGGUUACGCAUGGGUGGUGGUCCUGGCCAGUUUUUUCAAUGCUUUCAUCAUUGAUGGCAUAGGGAGCAGCUUCGGACUGCUCUUUCCCUAUAUGAAAGAAAAAUUCAAUGCCUCUGAUUUUGUCAUGUCUUUUGCUGGAUCACUGUACAUGGCUUUUCUAAUUAUGGGUACUGUCUCAGUGGCAUUAACCAAAAGGUUUGGCUUUCGUGUGGUGACAAUAGCUGGCGGCUUGCUUAGUUGUAUGGCGUUUGUGGCCAGUGCUUAUAUUCCUAAUGUGAUCUUGUUUAUACUGGCCUAUGGCUUGUUGGCAGGUUGUGGCUGUGGGCUGGUGUUCCUACCGUCCAUCAUAAUUGUCAACGAAUAUUUCUACAAGUUCCGAGGUAUAGCCAACGGUAUUAUAUGCUCUGGCUCUGGAGCCGGACUUCUGGCCUUGGCUCCACUAAUCACCUACCUCCUGGACACCUACACACUGGACAGUACCAUUCUCAUUCUGGCUGGAAUCAUGCUCAACAUGUGCGUAUUCUCCAGCCUUUACCGCCUACCUCCGGUACUUCACAAAGCAAGUAAUUCAGUCCAAGAAUCAAACACAUCAGAAUCUAGUAGUCUGACCACCAGUUUUCAGUCCCCUUUAGUUCUUUCACAAGAAACAAACAUUGGAGAUAGUGUUCGUCAUACAACGCAAGAUGCUGAUGAGACUGUGGAACAUGUUCCUGCUGAUGGCAGGCCCAGCGCAAGGAACAGCAUGCAGAAGUAUUUAGAACAUGUCGUUUCAAAAUUAUCCGCGCCAAAAGCACCGACGUUAAAACGCACGCACAACGGCGAACGUAAACUCGCCGUCAACGGUAAAUCUCAUAAGGAAAGCCUGUGGAGGAGUGAGUUCCAACUGUCGCCAUCAUCCGAACCCCAACCUAGGACACUUCACUCAUCUGUUCAUAACAUUCCGACAUGGUGCCACCACUCUCACACCUGCCCUCAUACUUCUGAUAAAAAAAUAACCAACCAUACCCCGUCUUUCCUCUCUAUAGACAACGGCAGCAACCUCUAUCUCUCAGGGAGCAUAUCUACCUUAAAAAACCUCCAGAAAAAUUAUAUACAAAAUCACACUCAACAACACGCCUCAGCUAAAUCUUUAACCCAGCAGCAGUCCUCGUCUAGAAUUCUUGUCCAAGUCGAAGAACUCCCAUCAGACCAGUGGGAUAAAUCCCACAACCAGUGUGAUCAGGAUAAGGAUCAGAUUAUCCCUAUCCUCUACUCCGCCAUCAAGGCUCAUGAGAACUCUGAUUGCCCGGUGUAUUCCUAUGAAAACGAGGGAGUGCCUGAUGGUGUAGAAGAUGAAGACAUUCCACCCGCUGGGUACAGCAUCGUCCAGCUGUUGUGUAUGCCAUCUUUCCAUCUGUUUUGUUGGGGCGUGUCGUUGAUACAGAUCGGCUACCCCAUAGCAGCGACAUUCCUGGCCAACUAUGCUAAACAGCUUGGAUACCCUGAUACAAAUCUCCUAAUGAUUCUAUUAGGUGGCCUAAAUAUACUUGGCCGUCUGCUGGCAGGGGUCAUGGCCAGCUUCAAGUUUGACCCGCUCCACCUGAACAACGCCUCCCUCCUGCUGGUGGGCGUCUGCUGCUUGCUGUGUCCACUCUACCAGCAGUUCUGGUCAUUAGCCCUGUUUGCUGCCCUCUAUGGCUUCCUGUUAGGUUUCUUCCCCCCGCUGCAGCCUCUGAUCAUCGUCAAACAGUUUGGUCUGGGAUCCCUGGCCUCAGCCUUUGGGUUCCUCACCACCAUCAAGGGCCUGGCCUCCAUGCUGGGCACGCCACUGGCUGGCUGGAUCUACGACGCCUCUGGGCAGUACGCCUUGUCCUUUGUGUUUGGUGGGGCUGUCUUUGUGACCUCUGGCUUAGUUCAUUAUUUGAUACUCUGCGUUAGGAGAUGAAUGAAUUCUAUGUGUCUAGAUGUGAAUGAAUGAUGGUUUUAUAAUGCAGCUAUGUUUUGUUUAAAUCCAGUAUCCUAGGUGUUUUGUUUUACCUCCUUUAUACAGAGUUACUACCAUUACAACAGUUUAUUUCUAUCAGUCAUAAUGUACAAAAAAAUGGGUUGUUUAAUUUUAAUUUCUAAGUUAACUCCAUUUUUACUCAGGGUCCCAUCAUUAAUGUUUAUUACUUAAUAUUAUUAAUAUAUACUUAGAAAAAUUUGUAUCCCAAUAAUUUUUUUUUAAAUUACUGAUUGUGUAUUUCAAAUAACUGGGUUGACUUUGCCCAUAACAGGGUAAAAAGAUAAAUAAUUUAAUGCUGUUAUUGGUUAUUUAUUAGCCCAGUACAUGGGCAUAUUCUUGUUUGAUGCAAAACUUUCAUGUAAAUGACAAGUUAGCUGAUAUCUGUAAUGUUUGUGUCAUGAGCAUGUUUACCUUUAACCCAUAAUCACCUGUCUGUUUAGUUGAUGACGUGAUACUUGUAUGCAUUACAAAAAAAUAAUGAUUUUUACUGGUAAAUUCAACAUGACUUAAACAAAUCAGUAACUCGUCACCCAUAUGGGUGCACUUCAUGAUUAUAUAUACCAGGAUUGGAGAACCCAUUGUUCUAGCCUCUAUGCUAAAAAUUAAGGAGUUAAUCACACCUUGUGUUAAUGUUGUACUUGCACUUUACAAACAGUUCAGUUGCAAGUUUUAAAACAAAAAGUGAUGGUUGUUGGGUUUUCUGGAAAGUUUUGAAGGAUUUGUAUACAUUUCGGGUUUAAGAUACAUACAUUAAUUUGAUAUUGAUUAUCUCUGUUACUUACACAUGUUCAUGGAUACUUAGGUUCACUACAGAGUUAUCCUUUGCUUACCACUGUGACUUACAAUUCCAAACAGUAUAUGUUCUGGUGGAGCUAAUCUGAUUCAUAAAUUAUUCUACAGUUAUCUCCCAUGUAAUUUGUUACUAUGUAGUUUUACAGAAGAAUAGCACAUCACCCUAAGCAUUACUUUUUUGUUUCUGAAACCAGUAUGAAAAAAAAAUCUCUUCCAAGUUUUACAUUCAAUUUGUUUAUGUUAACUGUUUUGUUAUUAAUUAUUUUGUUUGCUGUGAUUGCUAAAACAUUAUAUAUAUUGCUAUACAUCUGAUUGAAAUGAUAAAUGAAUAUUUCGGUCAUGGUGUCACAAUAAUAAUGGUCAACAAUACAAAUUCAAAUCACCCUAGCCUUUUACAGAGAUCUGUUCUCACUAUCUGGUCAACUUUGUUAUGUACGUAGUAUGUAGAGUGUUGAAUUGAAACGGAAGUUCCUUAGUCCAGAAGUCAAUAUGGAGAAAUGUUUUUUGCUUUGAUUAUACACAAAGUAUUUUUUAACUUAUAUGAUUGAUGCAUGUAAUAACUGGAGCACUGAAUUUAGUUAUAAUUGCCUACAACAUCUCAUAAUUUAUUCAACAAUUUGAGAUCUGCUUCGUCCAAGUGAUUUGAAUUGGUGCCAUUGUAAUUUAAUUUGCAUUAUAUAUCAGUCCUGACUACUUUAUAUUUUCAUGUCUGAAAAUAAAUAUUU